AUGGUUAAGAAGAAAGUUGCCACUAAAAAAAACUCUCCUUCUCUCGCAAUUGCCAAAAAGAAGUCCCGUAGCAACAAAGAUGUUGUUUCUGUUGAAGCACCGAUUAUAUCUUCAUAUAACGAUCGGAUAAGGCCGUUGCUUGACACUGUGGACAGACUUAGGAACCUCAAUGUCAUGAGAGAAGGGAUCCAUCUUCCCACCAUUGUCGUGGUUGGAGACCAGUCCUCAGGGAAGUCAAGUGUUCUUGAAUCCUUGGCAGGAAUCAGUUUACCUCGUGGCCAAGGAAUCUGCACUAGGGUUCCUCUUGUCAUGAGGCUUCAGCGAAGCUCUAGCCCUGAACCUGAGAUUUGGCUUGAGUAUAACGACAAAGUGGUUCCUACGGACGAGGAACACAUCGCUGAAGCUAUUCGUGCUGCAACAGAUGUGAUUGCUGGAUCUGGUAAAGGGGUCUCAGAUGCUCCAUUGACCCUCCAUGUGAAGAAGGCUGGUGUUCCAGACCUUACGAUGGUCGAUCUUCCCGGUAUAACUCGAGUUCCAGUGAAUGGACAGCCGGAAAAUAUUUAUGAGCAGAUCUCUGGGAUGAUUAUGGAGUACAUUGAGCCUCAAGAAUCAAUAAUCCUCAAUGUUCUGUCAGCUACGGUCGACUUCACCACAUGCGAAUCCAUUCGCAUGUCUAGAAAAGUUGACAAAACCGGUCAACGGACACUAGCUGUUGUGACAAAGGCAGACAUGGCUCCUGAAGGUCUCUUGCAGAAAGUAACUGCAGAUGAUGUGAGUAUUGUUCUUGGUUACGUGUGCGUCAGAAACCGCAUUGGAGAAGAGACAUAUGAAGAAGCAAGGAUGCAAGAAGAGUUACUUUUCAGGACCCAUCCAGUGCUAAGUUUAAUUGAUGAAGACAUAGUGGGAAUCCCUGUGUUAGCUCAGAAGCUAAUGCUUAUCCAAUCAAGCAUGAUUGCUAGAUGUUUGCCUAAAAUUGUAAGCAAGAUCAACCAGAAGUUGGACACUGCUGUUCUAGAGUUGAACAAACUGCCAAUGGUAAUGGCUUCUACCGGGGAAGCAUUGAUGGCAUUGAUGGACAUCAUUGGUUCUGCCAAAGAGUCCCUCUUAAGGAUUCUAGUCCAAGGAGACUUCUCUGAAUACCCAGAUGAUCAGAACAUGCAUUGUACUGCUCGCUUGGCUGAUAUGUUAAGCCAAUUCUCUGAUAGUCUGCAAGCAAAGCCAAAAGAAGUGGCCGAGUUCUUGAUGGAUGAGAUCAAGAUCCUUGACGAAUGCAAGUGUGUUGGACUGCCCAAUUUCAUCCCCAGGUCAGCCUUCUUGGCUAUACUUUCACAACAUGUUGAUGGUAUACAAGACAAGCCAGUUGAGUUCAUCAACAAGAUAUGGGACUACAUUGAAGAUGUUCUCUCAUCCGUCACUGCUAAGCGUUCUGACAAUUUCCCACAGAUUCAAUCUUCCAUCAAACGAGCCGGUCGUAAUCUCAUCUCCAAGAUCAAAGAACAAUCUGUGAAUCGAGUGAUGGAGAUCGUUGAGAUGGAGAAGCUGACUGAUUACACAUGUAACCCUGAGUACAUGACGUCUUGGACUCAGAAGACAAGUGCACAAGAGAGCUUCAUCGAUGCUGUUGUGAAAAAUGAGAACAUACCUGACUACUUCUCUGUGACUGGAUUUGGAAAUGUGAAGAUUUCGCAUCUACGAAAGUAUCACGCUCAUUUACUGAUUCCGGCUUUCGACAUGAAGAUGAGGAUCACAUCUUACUGGAAGAUCGUCCUGCGGAGAAUCGUAGACAACCUUGCACUGUAUCUUCAGCUAUCUGUGAAGUCUCUCGUCAACACUCGAUUUCAGAAGGAGAUUGUGGCGGAAAUGGUUGAUCCAAGAGAUGGUGGAGGAGUUGAAAAGAUGUUGGAGGAGUCUCCGUUGGUGGCGAGCAAAAGGGAGAAGCUUCAGAAUAGUAUCAAGCUCUUGAAGGAGUCUAAGGAUGCUGUGGCCGCCAUUGUUGAUCAAAAUUGUUAAGCGAUUGCUUCUUUCACAAGCUUUGGUGAAAUCGGGUCAGGUUAAGAGAUCGUCCUUGAUUUAUUUGUUUCGGUGAAGUCGGGUCGAGUUAUUAGGGCUCCUAGAUGGGCUAUUUGUGGACUUGGGCCUUUUAUGUUUUUUG